CAGAAUGCGAGGUAACGCCUCGUUAUGGUAAAGCACAGGAAAUCGUUUGAGGGCUCACAGUUACUCACUUUCUUUAUUAAACAAAAAGAAGAGAACAGCGAUGGCUUCUGCUUCUUUAUUACUGUUGUUCAACUGCCUUAUGGGGGGCAUAGCAUUCAACAUUGAUGAAAACGACAUCAAAAUCUAUGACCUCGAUGGAAAGGACUACUCUGGAUACCAAGUUUUGCAAUACAGAUCAGAAAAUGAGAAAUGGAUUAUUGUCAGUGCACCACUGGGAAACAAUGGAGCUGGAAAAAUCUACAAAUGUGAUCAUACAAACUGCACAGCUCUUCCUUUGCAAGAGUCUAAUUAUACCAUCAAAUCCAUUGGAUUAUCUCUGGCAGCGAUGUCAGAAGAGAUUACGGCUUGCGGUGCAGGAAUGGCUUGGGAGUGUGACCAGAAUACACACCUGAAUGGCAUUUGCUACCAGUUCAACAAAACACUGGAGUUCAGGGAUAAAAUUACACCAGGAUAUCAAGAAUGCACCAAAAACCAAGCAGACCUGGUCUUCUUAUUUGAUGGGUCGGAGUCUUUAACAGCAGAUGAUUUCAAUAUGACCAAAGAAUUUAUCAAAGAGAUCAUGGCUAAUCUUUCCAAGACCUCCUUUCAGUUUGCAGCAGUUCAGUUUUCUGAAAAAGCCCGAACAGUUUUCAAUUUUAAGGAUGCGAAAAAUGAGUUAAAAAUAAAACUUGAUGCCGAAUCACAGAUGCGGAUACUUGGAAACACCUACAAAGGAAUUAAUUAUACUUUAAAUAAUGUUUUGACCCCAGAAGCUGGUGCCAGGCAAGGUGCCUCUCAGGUUCUGCUCAUCAUUACAGAUGGAUUACCCAAUGACAUUGAUGAAAACCAUGUUAUCAAAAAAACUAAGGACAGAAAAAUCAUCCGUUUUGUCGUUCUGGUGGAGCGCAAGAAGGAUCAAAGAGUUUAUGAAGGGAUAAGAAUACUGGCAUCCGACACUGAAAAUAUUUUUCAUGUUAAUAGCUUUACACAACUGACAAGUCUCUUAGAAAAGCUGCAAAAUAAAAUUUAUGACGUUGAAGGUACCAAAAAUGCUCUUAGCAAGAAAUUCACAAAAGAAAUGUCACAGAGUGGCUUCAGUUCUGUAUAUUUUGAGGACAGCUUAGUUCUGGGAUCAGUAGGAUCUGAUGAUUGGCGAGGCUCUCUAACUGAAAUCAAGAUCUCAGGAAGCAAGUAUGAAGAAAUUAAAGACUCAGAAAUGGAGGAGAACUCCUACAUGGGAUACUCAGUGGCAGCAGGAAAGAAAAAUAAUAACGAAGUAUAUUUUUCCGGAGCGCCACGAUUUCGCCAUAAAGGGCAAGUUGUAGUGUUUUACAAGAGUAAUACAAAUUGGACAGUGAAAUACAGAGAAACUGGGCAACAGAUUGGUUCAUAUUUUGGAGCAGCGCUGUGUGCUUUAGACAUAGACUCUGAUGAUGAAACAGACUUUCUUCUGGUGGGGGCUCCUCUAUUUCACGAACCUCAAAAGGAGGGCAGGAUGUACGUCUACAGCAUGUCUUCUGAGCUGAAAUUGACCCUACAAAUUAAUGUCUCUGGGACAUCUCAGGGUAGAUUUGCAUUCUCCAUUUCAUCAUUAAAAGAUUUGAAUGGGGAUAGGUUGCAAGAUGUUGCUGUUGGGGCACCGCUAGAAGAUGACCAGAAGGGGGCAGUGUAUAUCUACUUGGGAGACAGACUCAAAGGCAUUCAAACUCAGUUUUUUCAGCGUAUUACAGCCCAGAAGGUGUCUUCUAAACUACAAUUCUUUGGCCUGUCAGUUGAUGGAAAGAUGGACCAGGGAGAUGAUGGACUGAUUGACAUUGUGGUUGGAUCAAAAGGGAAUGUUAUAUUGUUAAAGUCCAGGCCAGUUCUAAAAGUAUCAGCCAACGUCACCUUUAGUCCUCCAAAGAUUAGCAGUGAUAGAUUUGUUUGUUUGACUGAAAUGGAGAGCAUAUCUAAUAUAGUAAACUUGACUAUCUGUUUUAAUGUAACUGAGUCCACAGAAAAUGCUGCAGGGGGCGCUUUGCCAUGGAUGAAUGUGUCCUAUGAGCUGAAUCUGGACAGUACGAGACAAAGAAGCCGAGCCUUUCUGGACCACUUUGAUAAAUCAGCCAGGAAAGAGCAGAAUUACAUGAAAAUGGAGCUCGGCAUACAGUGCAAAACGCAUCUUGUUUACAUGCCUAGCUGUGUGAGGGAUACUUUGUCACCCAUCUCCAUCAAAAUGAACUACUCCCAGGCCAGGGAUGAAGGGACGGCCGUUCUCGACCCUGAAAGUGUCACUGUGGCUUUACUUGAGAUUCCAUUUCAGAGCAACUGCCAAAAUGCGACAUGCAUCUCAGAUUUGGAGCUGACUUUCAACUUCACAACUCCUACACUGCUGGUGAUCGACCAGGAUUAUUUCAACCUGACAGUGAGCUUGUACAACAAAGGGGAUGACUCCUUCAACACCAGCCUGAUCUUUGGCUAUCCGCCUGGUCUGUCUUUUUCAAAGAUAUCCAUUAUAAAGGAAACAAGGAAAACUCUCACCAACUGCCGUGGCGUGGAUGAUAUGAAUGACAAGACAGAAUGCAGUGUGAGCCGUCCUGUCUACGCAAGCAAGACCAUGGCUGUUUUUCAAACUAUGUUCCGUAUCUGUAAUAAGUACAACUGGAGUGAUAAAAUGGAGAUGGACAUCACACCUUACAGUGACAAUGGGAAAUCUUCCAAUAACACAGUAACAAAAGGUCUCCAAGUUCAGUUUGGUGUUGACUUUGCAGUCAAAAUUCUUGAUGAAGACUCUGUGAUGUACCUUAAUUUCACUCCAAAUGACAAAGAAGGAAAAGAUGUGAUUCAUGUUUUUGAGGUGAAGAACUUGGGUUCUAUACCUUUACCAGUCAAUGUUACCUUCUGCUUUGCAAGUGAAGCGAAACACGAUUUUGUGACGGACAUCCAUCCCAUCAUUUCCUCCCAGGCAAGAUGUGGAACUAUUGAAGACUCAAACACAACACAAGCUUGCAAGGGCCCUUGUAAGACAGCCCAAUGUGAAAUCUCCAGUCUUGUGAGAACUUCGCCUGUCCGGUUUACACUGACUGCAACAGUGAAAUUUUCCAAUCCAAAGAAAUACCAGGGGGAACUAAAUUUUAAUGAAAAACGUUUUGACGUGAAGUUUGUAAGCAAAGCAAAACUCAGCUAUAAUAAUCAGCGAUACAUUCAAAUUUCAAGCAACUCAAGGAGCCAAGAAAACACCAUAAAAUUCCAUGAAGCAGAGGUGAUUUGCCAAGCAGAGAUGAUCAUUCCUCCCAAUAAAGCUUUUAUUGUUGGGGUGGGAGCCGGAGGAGGAUUUAUUCUUCUUAUUGCAAUUGUUCUCAUCCUGUAUAAGUGUGGAUUCUUCAAGCGAAACAAGCCCUCCCUUGAAGACACAGAGCAAACUUAUGAGGAUGUUCAGGCAAUGGAAGGUGAAAAAGAGGGUUUGGAUAAUUUCCCGGUGAAGGAGGAGAAUGGUAAAGUGGACACAGCUCCCCUCAUAUGCAGUGCUGAAGACGAGACAGCGAGAGAUGACGGUAACCUACAGGAUAUCAGCUUAGAUAUCCCUAAAAAUGAGGAAGAAUGAGCCUCUACGUAUGAAUGACAUCUCAGUUAAAAGUUAGUGAAUCAGUGGUUACUCUUUAAACAUUUAAAAGCUAAAGAGGAAUAAUUAAAAAAAAACUGGUUUCAUUUAUAGGCAUUGCCUAUUUACAAAGGUUACAACCAGUCUUCUAAAGUUGGUAUUUUCACAUUGGUUAACCUACGCUAGCAAGCUAGCCUCACUACGAAGGGCAACAGAAAUAGAUUAAUAUGUUCGUGUUAAAGUAGUGUUACAGAGUGAAUGCUUUUUAAAGACAAGUAAACAGCAAAACUGUAAUGACACGUGUAUCAGUUAAUGUAUAUUCGCGUGCAUGGAUUAUAAGCCGCAGUGCUGGGUAAGGUUGUCACUGUGUGCUGUGCCCUGUAAAACCAAUGCCUAACUAUGUUUUAAGUAUAGAAACAUUUGCAAGUAUGGUUUCUAACGUUUUACAUGAUGCCUGGAAGGAUCUGUAUAAACUCGUUGUAUACCGAGCCUGUGUCCUGCUUGCCGCUUAUAUUUUAUUUUAAAUAUUACCAAUAAAGCUAUGUCCAAUGACA